UCCCCCCUUCCAAUCUUCCAAUGCCGUCCUCCCCGUGGGACCCGUGGCCUCCUACUUCGGGAGCUCGGCCACCGCGACCGGCGGAGGAUACGGUCUCCACCGCAGCGCUGGAGCGUCGCCCCGCCCGCUUUCAUCGGCCGUCCUCCCCGUGGCCUCCUACUGCCGGAGCUCCGCCGCCGCGACCGACGGAGGAUACGGUCUCCACCGCGGCGCUGGAGCGUCGCCCCGCCCGCUUUCAUCGGCCGUCCUCCCCGUGGGACCCGUGGCCUCCUACUGCCGGUGCUCCGCCACCGCGACCGACGGAGGAUACGGUCUCCACCGCGGCGCUGGAGCGUCGCCCCGCCCGCUUUCAUCGGUCAUCGGUCAGCACCACCAUUCCAAUGCCGUCCCCCCCGUGGGACCCGUGGCCGUGGCCUCCUACUACCGGAGCUCCGCCGACGCAACCGACGGCGGAUACGGUCUCCACCGCGGCGCUGGAGAGUCGCCCCGUCGAGGGUUCCCGAUCUGCACCCACGCAGGAGGAAGGGUCCGUCGCCGCCGCCGACUCGGCGCAGGAGGCCAGGGCUCGGCCUCCGUCUGAGGACUACUUCUCAGAGGUAAAGAUCCAGGAGCAUGGAGAGAAAAUCAACAGAUAUCAGGGUAUGCUUGCAGCUCGUUUGAAGGCCAAAUAUUUUUCUAACAAGACUUCCGAAAAAGGAUACAUGUUUGAAGAAAUCGUGAUACAGUCUGAGACCAUUCGGCUAAGCAGGUGGCCGUUUACAAGAUUAUUUGCAGAUCCAGCAAAAUUUGGCCAGGAAAAGAGCUAUACUGAGAAGGACGUUUCUUCAUCUCUGGCUGGUGCAGCCAUGUCGAAUAAUUAAGCACCUCACUUUUAGCUGAAGAAAUAUCUUCACCUGGCGUGCACCAAGUAUCCAUCAUGACCAUCUGAUGGAUAAGGGCUCAGUAGCUUACAUCACUAACUUCUACCUGUUAUCCUUAAAAUGAGCGACUUGGAGCUUGUGUAUUGUCAACAGGCCCGAAUUAACCUUAUAUUGAUUUGAACCAAACCUGAAUUUCGUUUCGUAGACAUGUUUGCAGGUAUACUGAAACCCAUUACCAUAUAGAAGUACACAGAUAUCGACAUUAUUCUUCCAUGGGGAUGUUUCAACUUUUUACCUGCUAUAGGUGUCAUAUC